AUGAAAUUAGAAAGUGAAUGGAUUCAAGAGGAUGUUGUUCUCGAAAAUCCACUGUUAAAACUAAGCCUGAGAGGCUUGAAAUAUUACGGAGUUUUGUUGCAUCGAAGUCAACCGUGGAAAAAACUGAACUGCUUUCGAGCUAUAUUUUUUACCAUUUCGAUGUUCGCAUUCAACAUCACUCAAUACGUGGACUUGUUUCAGGUGUGGGGUAAUGUUAGUGAAAUGACAGCCAAUGCAUCGACUACACUUUUGUUUACUACCACCGUUGUACGCGUUUUGCAUUUAUAUUGGAACCGUGCAAGAUUCAACGCAAUAAUUCAGAAAGCAGAUCAAGUGAUUCGUCAUAUUUUGCACCAAGGAACCGAAGAAGAAAGGCAGAUUCUCAACGAAAAUGUCGUGUACAUGAGACGUCUGACAGUUGGUUUCUGGAUUUUCGCUAUGAUCACUGCCAACACAAUGUGUGUUUAUUCGUUAAUACAGUAUUAUGGCACACAACCGACGGAGCGGUCAAAGUGGAUGCAUCAUCCACCGACGAUCCUUCGCUCUUGGUAUCCUUCGUCGAAUCUGGUGGAUCACUUCGCGAUAGUAUACGGUAUUCAGCUGUACAUUAUGUGCGUUGGUCAGCUGAUCGUUCCCUGUUGGCACGUGUUUGUGGUUAGCUUGAUGGUGUUCGUGCGAACCGUGCUCAUGAUACUGAACUACAAACUAUCAAACUUAAGGCUCUAUGAAAUAUCCGUGCUAAGGGAUGACUUCCCAGUCUGGGAGUCGAAACGUUGUCAACUGCGCAAGAAACUUUUGAUACAGUGCACUCAGUUGCAAUGUGACAUUUACGAUUUCACUCGUGAGCUGGAGAAUUUAAUCAAAGGUGCUGUGCUAAUGGAUUUCCUAAUCUUCUCUGUACUACUGUGUGCGCUAUUGUUCGAAGCAUCGGUUACUGCCUCGGUUGUUCAAGUAUUUAUUGAUGUUUUAUACAUAACGACAAUGACAGCGAUCCUUUUUCUGUACUACUGGCAUGCCAAUAAAAUUUCCUACCACGCGAACUGUUUGUCGAAAUCGGUUUUCUCCAGCGAUUGGUACAACUAUCCCCGUUCCGUUAAUCGCCACCUGCUGAUGAUGAUCUGCUGUAACAGGAAACAGCUCACUAUGAAGGCAUUCUUUGUCUCGAUGUCGUUGGAUACGUUCAUAGCGAUAUUACGAGCUUCUUACAGCUACUUCACGAUCCUGAAACAAGCCGUCGACUAA